CCACCUGAUCGCCUUGUGCUGUAGAGAGAGAUGUAAGUGCCUGCCGCCGCGUUUGCCUCUGCUAUUAUAUAUUCAUACCGUCGCCAACCCCAUUUGAGCUAACACCAUACCCUAACCGCGACCCGAAAGUAAAAACAGCGACGUAUUUGUAUUUAGAAAUACUCACACCAGUAAUUACGAUAAUAAAAAUGUUUUAAAGCUAAAGCGGAAAAAGCUCUACGUACAAGUGACUCCAUUGGAAAAGCGUGAGAGCACAGCGGAGUGCGACUAAAAAUGCUAAAAUAUGUAGGUAAUCGAAACGCUUAGUAAGCAGUUGAAACGCGCGCAGAGCGGCAACGUUAUACAAUUACCGAAAGUGAAGUGUACCGCACUAAUUUAAUAAGCGAAAAAGUGUAGGCCGACGGCGGUGAAGUGUGCGUGCAUGUACGAGAUAGUGGAAAAUAUUUGAAAAAAAGUUCAACUAUUGUUGUUUUUUCGCCGUACGCUUAUUGGCCUUGAGAAGGGCACACACCCAACCGAAGUUCUUAAAUAUUUAGCGAAAGGUUCAUUAAAAUGUGGUGGGUCUGGCUUAUUGGGGUCAUUGCGAUUGCCAUCCUCAUCAUUUUCGUCAUAUCGCCGCUCUGCUAUAUCGUCUAUAAGCGUAACUACUGGCGUUGGCAUCAUGUGCCCUUUGAACCACCUGCCGCGGCGUUUGAAAUCUUACAGCAUUUGUUUGGGUUGCGUACAAUCAUGGAAUGGGAGGAGUUGGAGCAUUACGAUCAAUUGUAUCGCAAUUUCAAAGCUCACGGUCCCUUUUGCGGUUUCUAUCGUCUCAUGCAACCGCGCGCUCUCAUACUCGAUCGCGAAUUGAUUAUGCAGAUACUGAUCAAGAACUUCUCGAAUUUCAAUGAUCGCGGCAUCUAUCACAACAGUAAACAUGAUCCGCUCUCUGCUGACUUAUAUAGUCGGCGUGGUAGCGAGUGGAAAGAGAUGCGGUUGCGUUUGGAGCCGAUCUUUGCUAAAGAUGAAAUGCGCUACCUGUACGAUGGGUUGCGCGCGUCGUGCGCCGAAUGGCUGGUUGGUUUCGAACAGCUGGUGCGAGAGGAGCGCGCACAUAGCGGUUACAUAGAGAUACGCACACAAAUGCGACGGUAUGUGUUAACUAGCAUAGCAGCUAGCGUAUUCGAUUUGAACGCGCAGCGGCAGCAAAAGUAUCCGCUGAACGUUUUUGAUGACAUGACUCACCUGGAGAAUACAACAUCACGUCAUAGCGAAUUCACAAACACAUUUUUGCGGCGUUACCCCAGAUUGGGUAAAAAGCUUAAGUUGCGCACAACUUCCAAAACGGUGGAAGAUUACUUUACCGGACUAAUCGCUGAGGUGGUAGCCGAACGUGAACAAAGCGGUACUGAUAAAAAAGACUACCUACAAGUGUUGGUGAACUUGAUGCAACAGGAGUUGAGCACGCAUGAGGUCGAGGAUCAGACCAUGAAGGAGCUUAAGGAGCACUUGAUGGGAGAACUAGCCGCGCAUGCUAUUUCCUUUUUAAAAGCGGGUCUACGUCCUACCACUCACACACUCACUUAUGUGUUGUACGAGUUGGCGCUAAACGAUACGGUACAGCAACAACUACGUGACGAAGUAGAGGAGGCUCUGCAGCGGCACAACAAUGAGCUAACUUACGAUUGCAUACGUGAGCUCAAGUUCUUGGGUCAAGUCAUAUCAGAGACCAUACGCCUACAUCCGAUUGUGCCUUACCUGAUACGUCGCACACUCACCGAAUUUCCUGUGUCCAAUAACAACAAGUACGCACUACCCAAGAAUAUGUUCAUCAUCGUGCCCACACAUGCCAUACACAACGAUGCCGAAUACUAUCCCGAGCCGCUCUUAUUCAAACCCGAACGUUUCGGACGUAGCGAUAAUAAGGGACGUGACAUUUGCAUGUGGUUGGGUUUCGGCGAAGGGCCACGCAGCUGCAUUGGUUUACACUUCGCGCAGCUGAUGAUGCGCGUGCUGCUGGCGCAGUUGAUCACGCGAUACCACUUUAGUGUAGAUCGCACGCGGCUCAUGGUCAAACCGCAGAAUAUUAUUAGGUUACGGGUGGACCCACUAAACGAUGAGCCAGAGGGCAGAGAGGCUGAUGUGGUGAUUUAGUUGUAUUUCAAAUAGAUACUUUGGGUAGUUUAAGGUUACAUAUACAGGGCUUCAUAGUAGAAGGAGAUGAAUUUCUGAAAGCAGUUGUACUCGUACAUACAUUUUUGUUCACCGCUUGCUUCUUCUUCUUUUGAACAAUUUUUUUUAUGGACAAGUUGAAUUUUGGCGUUGAAGAUUGUACUUUGGUGUACUGUGUUAAAGGAUUCCUCUGCCGCCUCUGUUCCAUUGAGAGGUCAAUGCUGUACAGAAGUCAAAGAUAUAUUUUGCUUCCAACUUUCGUAUCUAGAAAUUAAUGUAAUUAAUUAUGCCAGUUCAAGUUGAGGAAAAAACGGAAAAUUAAAUUUGCGAAAACCUAAAUAAAUUAUCUCCAAACCAUA